GGGAGGGGUGACAAGGAGCCCUGGCGGGGAGGGGACGCGGAGGCCUUCGGGGGGCCGACCAACCAGACGGCCGAUGAUGUCAUCGGAGGAGGAGACCGAGUGUUUCGCCCUCUACGGAGCAACCACGGAAAGCAAGCAACAGCAACUCCUGAAGAAGCAGAAGCGCACCAGACAGCGCGUGGACGCCGGAGAGCCGCGCAACAGCUACUCGAGUAUACCGAACUUCAGCUCCCGGCCAUCCUUUCUCGGCGGUGGUCUAUACGGCUCGAUCUUCAGUGGUAGCGGGACGCAACAGCAACCGCAGCAGCAGUCGCAACAACAGCAGCAACAGCCGCCGCACCAUCAAUCGCAGCAACAGCUCCAGCAGCAGGCUGGAGCUACAGGCAGUCAAAGUCAUUUAGGUACAGCUACGACGGGUCCUACAACCCAGCAGCAUUCCGCCCACGCGGCCUUCGGCUUCUUCGGGGCUCCGGGCUUCGGCCCCGCCAAGAUGCUGAACGAGUUAUUAGGGCGGCAGGUCAAACAGGCCAGUGACGCUGGCGGAUCACCGCCCGAGGGUGGCCACGGGAUGACCGGCGCCGGCAUGGAUCCCGCCUCGAAUCUGCAACCGGGCGCUGUAGUUAAUUGCGACGAUCCCGCCACGGCCGACCUCACGCAGCACAUGCUCCGCGACAUGCUUCUGCAAGGGCGCAAGCUCUCCGCCCUCGGCGUACAGGAGCAGCCCAACAAUAAUAACAGUAUACAUAGUAAUAAUAAUAAUAACACCACCGCGGAAUUACUUAAAUCCCAGCAUCAGCAGAGUCCCCAGCAACACCAGCAGAACAGUGAUAGUGCGCGCAGUGGAACAGUGCAGAGUGGCGGGGAGGAAAGUGGUGAUGGCAAUAACGUCGUGAAUAGCGCGAACCACAGUGACCGUGAUACCGUGAUGCCGGGCGAUGCUGAAGACAGCGCUGAGGAUGCCGCGUCCGCGGCACGCGCGAUGGAGGAGGCUUUCGCCGAGGCCGGUAUGGAACCAGGAGCGAAUUUGGACGGAUCGGACUGCGAGCAAAGCUUACCCCCUAGCCCAACGGCCCCGAGGUCGGGCUCCGUUUCUGUUAAGGAAGAGAUACAGGAGUCGUUGAAUAUCAAACGUAGCCCGAGUCACUCCCCCUGUCCAAUCGUGCCAAAGACAGAGACGAACUCUCCGACGACGGAGAUCAAGCGGGCUCGCGUGGAGAACAUCGUCAGCACGAUGCGCAGUAGCCCGGCGCUACAGCCGGCUACGGUUAACGGUUGCAAGAAGCGCAAGCUUUACCAGCCGCAGCAGCAGACGGUGCACCACGUUAUCCAGCAUAGUGUCAACGAUACCAUGAUGGACGACGAGGAUGAGAGCGAGGAGGAGGAGGACCCGGCGACGAUCAGGCAGAAACGGGAGGAGAAGGACAACUUGAAGACCCAGCUGAAGAUGCUGCACGAGCAAUUAGCGGAAAUGCAGCAAAAGUAUAUGGAGCUCUCCAGUAGAAUGGAACCGGACACGAGCGAAAGCGGCGACGCGCCACCCAGUCCUCAACCUCAACCGCAACCGCCACCCAGACCUCCACGACCUCACCCACCGCCGUACAACGGCCUCCCAGCUCUCCCACCCGAUCACCCGCACGCAGCGGCUGCCGCGAUGUAUCACAUGGGGCACAAACUCUACUUCGAACAACAACACGCUGCCCUCGAGAGGAUGAAACAACAUCAGGAAGCGGCCGUGAGGCAACAGCAGCAGCAACAACAGCAGCAGCAGCAGCAGCAACAGCAGCAGCAGCAACAGCAGCAGCAGCAGCAACAGCAGCAGCAACAUCAACGACAGAGUUCGCCGCCACCGCCGAACCAGCCUCAGCAACCGAGCCAGAACAACACUGGACCUUCGACGCCGCAUACACCGCAGAUGCAAUCAGCCACUACGCCUAUACAACACAAAGACUUCCAGGAGAGGUUAAACGUCUUCAGGGGCGCCGCGGCAGCAGCCAGCUCGUCCGGUCCUCACAUCACUGGAGCCGAUUUGGAAGGCUUGGCGGAUAUCCUGAAAACGGAAAUUACUUCUUCCUUAACUAAUCUGAUCGAUAGUAUAGUCGCGAGGUUCGUGCAACAGAGGAGGUUUCUCGGCAAGCAGACCGAGGCAGCGCAGGCUGCCGCCGAGCAGCUCAAUAAGGACCUUCUCCUGGCGAGCCAAAUGCUCGAGAGAAAAUCACCGAGAACGAAAGUAGUCGAUAGAGGAGCGCCGCAACCACCCGGUGGCCCAAACGGGCCACGGGGGCCCCUCAACGGUGGGCCCCCUCCUCCACAACCCCCGGGAUUUUCGCAAAUCGGGUCCAUAGGUGGUGUUCCCCAUGGCCCUCAUGCUGGUCCCACGGAAAAUAACCUUAACCAGAUGAAUCAGCUGCCCUCGCACGGGAGACCAAGCGCUGGAAUAUUUCAGACCCCGAAACCGCCGACGAUAUACGCCAUGGCCUCCAUGCAGGCGCAACAGCAACAGCAGCACCAGCAGCAACAUCAACAGCAGCGCGAGCAGCAGCAAAGGGAGCAACAGCAACGCGACCAAUACUGCAAUAUGAGGGGCGACGAAAGAGAAAACAGGGAUUCGGAACAAAACGAAGCCCUCUCGCUCGUCAUGACGCCAAAGAAAAAGCGUCAUAAGGUGACGGAUACGAGAAUCACUCCCAGGACGGUGUCUAGAAUCCUAGCGCAAGAGGGAAACGGAUCGCAAGGAGGUAGUGAUAGUCCCCCGCCUCCUCCGCCACCGAGACCCUACCACGCGCCACCACCGAUGCUGCCGGUGUCCCUGCCAACCAGCGUAGCGAUACCAAAUCCAAGCCUCCACGAGAGUCAAGUGUUCUCGCCCUAUUCGCCGUUUUUCAAUCCUCACGCGAGUCAUCCUGGUCAAGUACCACCUCCGGGGCCACAUCAUCUACCCGCGAGUCCUCCGGGUGGAGGUGUAGAACUCAGGGAUUCCCCUCCACUGCCCCAUCCGCCGGCUAUGCUGCACCCAGCCUUACUGGCGGCAGCCCAGCACGGCAGUCCGGAUUACGGACAUCUUAGGAUGGACAGCAACGACCGAGCUAGCGACUGCAACUCAGGCGAUAUCAGUUACGAUGGAAUUCAGCCUACAUCGUCGACGCUGACGCCGAUGCAUCUGAGGAAGGCGAAGCUGAUGUUCUUCUGGGUCAGGUACCCGUCUUCGGCCGUCCUUAAGAUGUACUUCCCUGAUAUCAAGUUCAAUAAAAACAACACAGCGCAGCUGGUCAAGUGGUUCUCCAAUUUCCGGGAGUUCUACUACAUCCAGAUGGAGAAAUACGCGAGACAAGCAGUUUCGGAGGGCGUGAAAAACGCCGAAGACCUCCGAGUUGGGGGCGACUCGGAAAUCUACCGGGUUCUCAACCUUCACUACAACCGUAAUAACCACAUUGAGGUAUGGGGUCCCCAGGUACCCAGCAACUUCAGGUACGUUGUGGAGCAAACGCUGAAAGAGUUCUUCAAAGCGAUUCAGGGCGGCAAGGACACCGAGCAGAGUUGGAAGAAGUCCAUCUACAAGGUGAUCUCGAGGUUGGACGACCCGGUGCCGGAGUACUUCAAGAGCCCGAACUUCCUGGAGCAGCUCGAAUGAAUCAGGAGGUCGCGUGGCUCUUGCUCUUCGUGGUGCGCGGGCUCGCCUGCGCUCGUCGGCUCCCGAUAAUCAGGAACGACCAACGAGAAAGGAUCGCAUCCGCCAGGAGGUACACGUCCUUCGCGUAGUGCGCGUUCAGGUACCCUUAAAUAACAUAUCGCAAAAACGAACGUGAGAGAACGAGGGUUAGGAAGGGAGAGGAGACACGGACUAAGCCGAGGAACAGAGGCACCCGAGACGUCCGUGCGCAACGGCGACGUCAAGGUGCCAACGAAGGAUCAGGCUGUGACUAAAUCACGAAUCAAACGAGAGAGAUAGAGAGUGAUGAAGGAGACACACAGACACACACUGUAACACCGCGUGAAUCGACGGCUGACGAAAGCCCGAAAGCCGCGAAGUGUCGAACGCCCAUCGACGUUCCUCUUGUUUCAACCGAACGAGCGUGAGAAGGUGAUCUUGGAACGAGACGAAGAAGCACGACGAAUGCGUGGUCAACGAACGGCGAGGAUAGAUAGCUUCUAAUAUCGAUUUUGUCCGAUCUGUUUGUUACUUAGAGUAAUCAAUUCGUUAUCGCCUAAUUUUACAUCACACGAUAAGGAUAGGAGUUUAAGAACAAUGACACACUACCGGGGUCGCAUUUACACAGAGAAAGAGGGAGAGAGAGAGAGAAACGUCCGGAAUAUUUGCGAGAAUGUCCAAAGAUUGACUUAGUCACUACGAAAUACACACACGGCGGUUCCUCUUCUGGCUUUAACCCGGAAGCGGGACCUUCAUCGUCGUCGUGAGGAACGACGCCGGACGGGCAGCGAUACUUCUCGUCCCGCGCCGUUCUCCGGAGAGAAGCCGUUCGGAUUAGAAAAAAGUGCUCGCACUAUUCCGGAUAAUCCUACUCUAAGCUCUGUGAAAGUCGGCUUCGGUUUUGCAAGGAUCGAUGCUCUCUGAUGGAAAUUCCGAAGGACUUCCUAUCGAUGCAUGAAUACCGGAUUUACGACGAUUCAUACUUCGAUAAGAAGACAUUCUCUGAAACCUUCUCUGAAACUUGUAGCAUGCUUCUUUCUUUCAGAAACAGUUCAAUUUCUCUGAUACUGACACAUCGUCGGUGAAAAGCGCGGGAUACAUCUCGAUUCUUUUCGACCGACGAAUGGAAGAACGUUACUUUCCUCCCUCCCCUCCCCCCGCCCUUUUACACCAUCUCAUACAUUGUACAUAUUUUUGUUUCAACAUAUACAAUCGAUCGACCAAGUUCGAGAUCGACGUGAAAAUGCUUGGCUAAUUAAGUUACAUUGCGCGUAUCACACAGAAUCAGAUAAGGAACGGCGCGAGAGAACGUGAUCGCGCGUUGCUCAUGUCGGUACCAAAGAAUCGAUUUCGACGAGAACCAAAACGCCGGACGGACGAUCGAGAACGACCGAUCUCUCGUAACGAUCUCCGUACGAAGAAUCUCCGUUCCUAUAUCUGCCGAGGAUGAGAUUCCUCCACCCAUUUCGUUUGUCCCGUAUUUCUUUUUUCGCUCGACGAGCAAACACCCAUCGAGCCCGAUAACACUAGUACGUUUGUACGAGCGCGUACGUCGCAUCGAGAGUAUCGGUGCGCACGGGUCAAUAUACAUAAACUGUUUUUUUAUUAAUGGUUGAUUGUAUAAACGAGAUUAGGCUAAUCGCGGUGACGAGAUCAGCAGUAGUACGGGCGACAAAACUGUAGAAUCGGAUGUAGCGUUCGCGAGUACGAAUCGUAUACGACGCCGGCGGCACUUUUCUAACUGUUAGCGUAGCAGACAAAAGAAGAGAUAAAAAUGCUAUAUAAUUGUGUACGCCGGUGCGUAAUUAUAUAAAUAUUAGACUUUCAGAAGCGAAAGAGAGAUUGGCGGAUGUUGGCGCGAUUAAAGUAACGUAAAGAGGACGCGUGACAGAGGGUUGCAAACCGUGCGUCCUUUCCUCCACUUGUAUACCCCGACCAUCCACAUACAGACUUACGAACACGGACACACGCUCGACACGCAUAUAUCGUUAGUCAUUUACACGUAUUACACGUUCCACGCAUGACGUGUGCGCAUUCGCACGAUCAUGCGAAAAAUCGGAGACGGCGCCCCUACAUUUUCUUACUGUGACUUCUUCUCGCUAGAAAUCUUUGUAGAUAUAUUAUGAGACGAUAUAAAAGUAUUAGGGAUAAAUUUUUGGGUGGUAGCGAGUGCACAUAAUCUAAUCCAAUUAUUUUUUCACUAUUAUUCUCGCUACUACGUGCACUAUUAUUAUUAUUAUUAUUAUUAUUAUUAUUAUUAU